UCCUUGGCCGCUAAACAACAAAACAAGUAUUGCAAUUUGUUGUUUUUACUGGCAAUAUUUAUUCACUUAUUUUCUCUACAAAACACGCUGUUUUACAGUCACGUUUAUCUCAGUAAGAUGUCUGAUGACGAGCAUAGUGAUAGCGAAUUCUAUUAUCCUUUGGACUACAAAAACAAUGAAAACGAAAGCGAGAAAACCAGAGAAAAGCAAAGUUUUUCAGUGGACGACGUCCAAAGUUUCAUACAGACUCAGCGUCCAGAAAAUACUAUUAAGAAAACUCAGUAUGACCUAAAUGUGUGGCGAAGAUACUUGUCCGAGUGGGGAGAAACUACAGAAGUUGAAAACAUACCUCCACAAAAGCUAAAUUUGUUGAUCUGUCGUUUCUUCAUCGAGAUACAAAAGAAAGAUGGCGAAGCGUACGAGCCCUCUACACUAACCUCUUUCCAUCGAAGUCUUCAGAGAUACCUCAAUGAUAAGCAGUCCACAGUCAAUAUAUUUAAAGAUCAAGAAUUUGCCAUGUCAAGAGACGCUUUAAAGUCUAAAAAGAA